AUGGCAGAAAGAGAAAUCCCUUCCACUGCAGUUUCGUUAACCAGUGUCACCAGUUUAGAGAUAAAUUUGUCUUUCUUGACUCAACCCCUGAAGAUCAGCAGUGGCAUUUGCUCAGCUGGAAGUCUGCUGUUGGAAUAUAUGUCCUUGAGUACGUCUUACUGGGUACUGGAGACAACUCACAGAGGCAUGGUUCAUAGUGGACUCUGGAACAUCUGCUUAGCUCCAAAAUGCAACCUGUACCAGUUUAAUCUCUUAGCUUUGCACAUCCAUGUUACUCGCACCUUCCUGCUGAUGGCCCUUUUCUGUGGCUUCAUAGGGUUGAUUUGCAUUUGCAUCUCUUUUGAACGUAACAAGCUAUACAACGUAUCGGUGAUAAAGGCAGCCGCCAUCUUCAGCUUCAGUGCAGGUUUCCUCAUUCUGGUUGCCAUGUCUGUGUUCACAACCAUUCUUAGGAGAUCCCCAGGAUAUGCCCAACGUUUAGUAGUAUUUGGCACAUCCUUCAGCUUGGGCUGGGCCUCCAUUCUUAUGUACAUCAUCACUGGUAUUCUACUUUUGCUGACUGAAAAAACCAUUAUUUCUUUAGUCUAGGCAUCGACCCUUCCACUGAGACUUUAAAAAAAAGUCACCCAUAACACAUUUAUUGGUUUCAUAAUCAUGGAAACGAUUAUGCACUGGAGCAUUGAACUGGGACAAAUGCAACCUUAUUCUGGGUAUAUGAAGACAGGAUCCCAUUUCUCCUUAUUCCAAUGUAAUUGAACCAUGUUUUGCUACUAUGAAUGGCCAUCAGCCAGUUCUCUUCUGUCAAUGACAGAACAUUGGCAUGUAAUAUUGUAUGAUAACUGGAAAUGACUAUGGCUUGUUAGGACAACCCAGAAACUAUGACCUGGGAGAAAAAACAGGAGCUUGCUUCACUCUUAAAUUGGAAACUG